AUGGCGGAACAGCAGCAAUUACCCGGGGUUUACAGUGGAAACCGCCGUAUGGGGUUUCUGGCUGUCUUGGGAGUAUGGACCAAUUGGUUCUUUUGGAUUAGUGCAGUGAAGGGCCUAGCCGUGAUGCUACCAACUCUACAGGACCAGAUGGACACCUACACAUGGGUCAUCGGCUGGAUGAUUGUGCUAGUGGAGGUCACUGCUAAUCUCAUCGGAAGUACAACCACAGCUUUCUCCAUUUCCCAAACGGGCAGCUCCGUGGCUUUCAUAGUCAUGCCACCGUUGACUCAGCUCUUCCUGGACACUUACGGCUGGAGAGGCGCCAUGCUUCUCUUGGGUUCUAUUUUUUUUCAUAUGACCGUGUGCGGUGCCCUAUUGCAGUGUCCGUCUGUCAGUGCUUUUGCUUUACACAAGAGGAGUAUAGACUACUUUGCCUUACCAGGCGAUCCUUCUCGGGAAGAAUACCAACGCAGCGUGGAUGAGGACGCCUCGAGAGAAAGGGUCAAGCAGGAAAAUAACUCAAUCUUGUCAGCUCUCCAAACCGCUUGGCAACUGUUUCUCACUAGACUCCUUACUAGUCGGGCCUACUGGUGUGUAGCAGUCAUAUCGAUUGUAAGUCACGUUUCCAGCCUAGGCUGGGCAGUGUACUUUGUCCCUCACACACUGACCAAGGGAUUCGACCCGGGUGACGCCGUCACCCUGACUUCGAUCAUGGGACUGACCAGAGUGCUUACUGGCGUCAUUCUUGGGCCUCUGAUGGACAAAAUUCAGAUAGUCGGCACCAAACAGUUCAUGGGGAUUGCCCUGAUAUCAAUUGCCGUGUAUUACGCUGUCGACCCGUGGCUAACAUCCUACUGGUUAAAUGUGGUCGCUAUGGUCAUAUACGCGUGCAGCACCUUCAUGAUCUGGGUUCUGAUGGAUGUCUUGUCGUGUGAAGUGGUCCCACCAGAUUGUCUAGGCAGCGCCUUUGGAUGGAUGGCGAUGAAAUCGGCAGUGUUUUCCUUCUUACUUCUGUAUCUACCAGGUUUGAUCUUUGACCUUGGAGGCAGCUACACCAUACCAUUCCUUCUGAUGGGAGGCCUUCACCUCUUUGCCAUCGCUGCUUUGCUGCUUCUAGUUUUCAUGGGAAGUCGAAACGUAGACAUGGAAGGGCUCGUGGUACAUGAGCGGACAAUCAAUAAGGUGCAGUGGUCUGAGUGCAAAGGGUCGCUGGACAGCAGAGAGUCAAAAUUCAGUAUCACAAAUAACAAACGCAAGAACUUGACGGGAGUCUUUGGAGGAAGCAACGGCUUUUAG